AUGGGGUCAACAUUGUCCGAGGGGGAAUUGGCGAAAUGUAUGCGACAGCUGGCGCGCGACGGACUUCUCGGGGAUUAUGAUGGAAAAGGAACGGUAAGCGACAUUAUAGAACAAGAUGAGAAGACUAUCACUUUCAUUGUUGCUCUCUGUGACUUGGAAAAUGGAAAAAUGGAGGAGAAAAAUCUAGUCUGCAUAAAAAAGGAAAAUGGAGCUCUUGUCUCGAAAAGGCUUGUGACGAUGACCAAGGAGGAGCUUGGUGGGAUGUUUGACCAUCUUGGUCUCGGAAAGCCUGAUCAAAUGACCCUACUGACCAAGGGAACCUAUGGUGUUACCUAUCGAGUCUCUGUCAAAGAGAAAGAAGAAAACUUCAUCGUCCAGCUAAGAUACUAUGGGAAUGUUGAUUCCAUGAAUGCUCUCAUGUAA